UUUAAGAAUUGUGUGUGAAGCCACGCCUCCGAACACCACUAUUGACCAGCUCCAUCGCCAUUUUGUGAGCAGACAUUACGCCACUAUCAUCCAGUUUUAGCUCUUCAUGGACGGCAACAGUUAUAGCAGACUUUGUUGAUACUGGAAAAUGGAGUUACAGGGCCAGGGUCUUGGUUUAACAGAGAUGAUCAACGCCAUGGCUGCCCAGCAACACAUGUACACUGCAGCUGCAGCAUACGGUAGUCUGGAGGCUGCAGCAUAUGCUCAGUACCCUCAGUAUGUUACACAGGGUGCAUAUAUUGCUUCUGCAGCAGCACCAGGAGGUGGGCGUGGACACGGCCGUAGCAGCCUAGACCCUUAUGACAGUUAUGCAGCAGCUGCUUAUGACCCAGACCCACCACGUCAUCGUGAGCGCCGUGACCGGGAAGACCGUCGUAGAGACAGAGAUCGGGAUCGUGAUCGAGACAGGAGAGAUAGGGACAGAGACCGCAGAGACAGGGAUCGUGAUCGUGACAGAGAUCGGGAUCGUGACAGAGAUCGGGAUCGUGACAGAGAUAGGGAUCGUGAUCGUGAUCGCUGGAGGGAUGAUGACCGUGAUCGCAGUCCUCGUCGUGAUCGUGACCAUAGAGAUUAUAGGGAUUAUGAUCACCAUAGAGAUCAUUACGAUGAAGAAAGAACAGAUUAUAAAUCUCAACCACCCAACAAUACAAUCAUGGUCCGAGGUUUGGCACAGCACAUUACGGAGAAUGACAUUCGUGCUGAUAUUUUAGCUUGUAAUCUCAUGCCAAAAGACAUCAGACUCGUCAGGAAAAAAGAAUCAGGUGCAUCAAGAGGCUUUGCCUUCGUGGAGUUUACGACGGUACAUGACGCCACACGGUGGAUGGAAGCCAAACAGGGUGUUCUUAUUUUGCAAGAUGUGUAUAGAGCAACGUUGCAGUAUUCCAUUCCUAAAGAAUCUUCAGAACGACAGUCAAAGGCAUCACAAGACUGGUUUUGCAUCAGGUGUGGUGCUCAUAAUUUCAAGAGGCGUGACUCUUGCUUCAAAUGUUCAGCUCCCCGCCAUGAGUCUGAGGCAGGAGAAGAAGGCAGUGAUGAAGUUUGUACAUAUCCAACAAAUACUCUUCUUCUGCGAGGUCUAGAUGUUCUAAGUACUGAAGAAAGUGUCCUGCAAGGUAUCCAGCAUGCUGGUAGUGAUCUGCCCAUUCGCUCCGUUCGCAUUGGACGAGAUCCUUUGACGAAUACCUCAAGAGGAGUUUGCUACAUUGAGCUCAAUUCUGUCUUAGACUCAAUGCAGUUACACAACAAACUUGCUCAUUCCCCUCCAACCAUUGACAACAAACAGGUGACUAUUUCCUAUUGUAAACUCAACCAGAAUAAUGGAAAUAACAGCAGCUCAGGUAACAACUGGUCAAGUCAACAACAGCAGCAGCAACAGUACCAUCAACCUGCAGAAUACACUGCAGGAGCAGACAUUAAACAGUUGGCUGAGUACAGUGCUUCUUUAUAUGCUCAGACUCCUGAGGAACAUGCAUCUUAUGUGCAGUAUUACACCAUGUACUACCAGCAGCAGGCGCAGGCAUAUCAACAAAAUCAACAGCAGCAGGGCAGUUCAAACCAGUCAGAUUCUGUUAAUGCUGCAGCAGCUGUUGCUCAAUCUGCUCUGCAAGCAAUGCAUCAGAAGUCUGCAGCAACUGCUUCAACAAAUGCUGCCGCUGCAGCAGCAGCAGCAGCCGCCGCCGCAGCUGCUGCUUCACAAAGCACAUACACUACAGCAACCACUUCUACAACAACAGCUACUGAUCAGACGUACACUCAGGCUUCAACGAGUUCGACAAACUGUGAUGGUGUUAAAAUUCAAACGGGAGACUACCCCACAUACCGUAGGUUUACAGCAUCCCCUCCAGAUGUAAGCACCUACCAGUAUGAUGAAACUUCUGGAUAUUAUUAUGAUCCUUCAACUAGACUGUACUAUGAUGCCAGCAGUCAGUAUUAUUACAAUGCUGAGAGUGGUCAGUACUUGUAUUGGGAUGCAGAGAAGUCAACAUACCUUCCUGCACCAAUAGGGGAAGAUGGCCACAUGGGCAAAAAGGGAGACAAAAAGGAAAAGGAGAAAGAUAAACAGGAUAAGGUGAAAGUGGCAAAGAAAAUUGCAAAAGAUAUGGAGAGAUGGGCCAAGGCACAGAACAAGCGCAACGAGAGCUCCGUAAUCAGUAAGGUUGCAUCAGCUGAACCUGCAGGAGGAGCCAAGGGUGAAGGUGGAGGUACAGGGGCUGCUGAUGCUGCUUUUGCAGUUCUGCUAGAGCGAAGGGAUCGAGCAUCACUGGUGGAAAAGCAGGCCCAAGUAUUCCAUAUGCAUAUGAAGAAGGAAGCACCUCCUAUACUAGCAGGACUUAAGAAAUCUGGGCUGGUGGCAGCUUACGGUGGUGAAGGAAGUGACAGUGAAGAGGAAAGUGCAGCUGGAUUGGGCAAUCUCUCUGCUGAUGAUGGCAGGUGGGAGGACAAGCUGGUAGAUUGUGUGAAAAUGGCUUGCCUUCUUUGUAAGAGACAGUUUCCCAACAAAGAAGCUCUUGGCAGACAUGUACAGCUAUCGGACCUACACAAGACAAACUUGGAGGCAAUGAAGAAAUCAAAAGGCGGGGAAAACGGUGGUUCUGCUGGGUUGACGUCUGCCCAGUACAGAGACAGAGCCAAAGAGAGACGGCAAAAGUAUGGAGAGCCCAGUGUACCUGCACCCAACAAACUUAAGGAACGUUAUAUUGCCUCGCGGGAGGAAGUAGCCGCUUCUAAAUAUGAAGAGCCGACCAAGCAGGGCAUUGGCAGUGACAACAUUGGAAACAAGCUACUGAAGAAGAUGGGCUGGACUGAUGGCCAAGGUCUUGGCAAAGCCAAUCAAGGUCGAACAUCAAUUAUUGAAACUGAACGAAGAGUUGCCACAGCAGGUUUAGGCCUGCAAGGGAGCACUUACAGUGUUGUAGGAGAUAGUUACAAAGAGUGUGUUAAGAAAAUGAUGUUCCACAGGUACCAAGAACUAGAUGCACAGGAGAAAUCUGUAAAGAAUUAAAGUGUCUCAGGUAGACACUUUAAAGGAAUAUUUGACCAAUAUUGUUGCACUGUACAUACAUAAGUACUUGUAUAUAUCUGCCAGAUGGGCAUGAAGGUUGUAGGUGAAGUCCUUUCAGCCUCAGGUAAAUUCUGGGUAAAUUUAAUCCAAGUUGUUUAGCAUGGCCUUUUCACAUAAUAAAAUGUGGGGGAUAUCUUGAGUAGGCAACUAACACGUUACUUGUGAAAGUUGGCCAUGAACUGUGCAAGUAAGGAUGAAGUUAAAGCCACGUACAAAUGAUUCAAUCUUGUUUAUUCUAUAUAAAUUUACUUUUUGAGAAAAUGUUUAAAUUGCCUAUCAAGGCUGAAACCAGUUGUUAAUUGCACUCUUAUUGCUUCCUGAGUAACUACAGGUAGCAAUAAUUAUUGUUAAUAUGUAAAUAUAUUUACAUUGACCAAUUUGUAUGUGUGAGGCUAUUUCCUUGUGUGAUGUGAUAUUCUCUCGAAUUUCUGUCAUCUCGGAAUAAGCCACACUGAAAUAUAUUGUAUAUAAGAUUGAUGUAUCUUGUUUAGAAUAUUUUUGUUUAUAUUUUGAAAGAUGCUACCUAGAAUAAAUGUAAAACACUUUUAA